AUGGUCCACCUCAAAUCCCUCGCCUCAGCCGCCCUCCUGGCCUCCCUCGCCUCCGCCGGCGUCUGCCGCCCGCGCCACUCCAAGAACGCCAGCGCAAGCACCACCGCCGCCGUCAUCGCAAGCAUCACCUCGAGCACCAGUGCCGUCACCACUGCGACUGCCACCCCGACUAGCAGUUCGAGCUCGAUCGCCAGCUCCAGCGCCAGCUCCGCCAGCGCCAGCCCAAGCCUCGCCGCCAGCUCCGUCUCCAGCGCAAGCGUUGCCGCAGCAAGCACCCUCAACGACCUCUUUGUCGCGGCCGGCAAGCAGUACUUCGGCACGGCGUCCGAUAAGACUCUGCUGGAGAACGCGCAGAACGAGGCGAUUGUGCGGGAGCAGUUUGGGGUGCUGACGCCGGAGAAUAGUAUGAAGUGGGAUUCGAUUGAGCCGUCGCAGGGCAGCUUUAGCUGGACUGGGGCUGAUUAUCUGGUCGACUAUGCGACGCAGAACAACAAGAAGAUUCGCGGCCAUACCCUGGUCUGGUACUCCCAGCUCCCCUCCUGGGUCUCCUCCAUCACCGACGCAUCGACCCUCGAAUCCGCAAUGAAGAACCACAUCACCGAAGUGGUCGGCCGGUACAAGGGCAAGAUCAUGCACUGGGACGUCGUCAACGAGAUCUUCAACGAAGACGGCACGUUCCGCUCCAGCGUCUUCUACAACCUCCUCGGCGAGGACUUUGUGCGCAUUGCCUUUGAGACCGCGCGCGCUGCGGACCCGGACGCGAAGCUCUAUAUCAAUGAUUACAACCUCGACUCGGCCAGCUACGCCAAGACGCAGGCGAUGGCGUCGUACGUGAAGAAGUGGAUUUCGGAGGGUGUGCCGAUUGACGGGAUUGCACUCUCUUCGCUCGCGGACUCGGGCGUCUCCGAGGUCGCCAUCACCGAGCUGGAUAUUGCGGGCGCCGCGGCGUCGGAUUACCUGAAUCUGCUCAACGCCUGUCUCGAAGAGGAAAAGUGCGUCGGGAUCACGGUGUGGGGUGUCUCGGAUAAGGACUCGUGGCGCUCGAGCCUCACCCCCUUGCUGUAUGACGCCAACUACCAGCCCAAGGACGCUUAUACUGCGAUCAUCGAUGCUCUGUCGUAG